CUCGAUUUGCAGCGAUGUCACAGCGGGGCUCUUCCUCAGCGACCAACCUCAGCGGGUGUGGGACUGUGCUUUGCAAGCACAACAUUCCCGCCGUGAUUAAGACGUCGGGUACCGAGACUAACCCAGGCAGGCAAUUUUAUGGAUGUCCUUAUUGGAAGCAGAAUGAGAGUGAAAAUCCAGGGAAGAAAAAUUGUCGGUUUUCUAGGUGGGUUGAGAUGGUUGGGGAUGAAUUGGAGGACCGAAAGGGUUCUAUAGAGAGCCUAAUAUGCCAACUCGAGCACAGUUUGCUCCUCGCUGAGUCUAAGGCAGAGAGGAGGAAGAAGGAGAAAAAGAGACUAGCUCAAGAUAUGAUGGUCUGGAUGAAAGAU